AUGGGGAACCCAACCUCUAAGCCCAUUUCAACAACUGAGUCUUCAACUGAUUUCCUGGAACAAACAAUAAGGUUGACGACUGGCAAACCAUCCUCUCCACAACUUACUACUGGCGAGCUGUCAACUGACUUCCUGCCCGAGACUACAGACGUCAUGACAAGGGAAGCCAGCUCUCGGCCUCUAACAUCUGAAGUGACCUCUGUGCCCAUUUCAACAUCUGACUUAUCAACUGACUUCCACAAGGAGGCUACAGAAGUUACAGCAGGAGGAGCAGCCUCUGAGCCUCUUUCAACAGCCGUGUCUUCAACAGACAUACUGCCCGAGACUACCGAAGAUACAAAGAGUGAUGAAGCAAUCUCUAAGUCAAUUUCAACAGCUGAGACUUCUACUGAUUUCCGCGAAAAAGCAACAAUGGUUAUGACAGGGAAACCAUUCUCCCCGCCACAUUCUACAGGCGAAAUGGCAACUGACUUCCAGGCUGAUACUACAGAAGUGACAACGCUGGAACAAAGCACUCGCCCGCUUUCAAAUGUCAUUACAUCAAGUGACCUUUGGGUAGAGACUACGGAACAGGCGACAGUGGAACCGGUUACACGGCAGGGGACAGGGGAACAAACCUCUCAGCCUCUUUCUACAACCUUGCCAUCAACUGACUUCGUAGUUGAGACCAAGGACUUCACGACCAGGGAACUGACAACUGAGGAUGUUUCUACGAUCAAAUCUUCAACUUAUAAUUCGGCAGAAAAAAACGCAUCACCAAAUACGUUUUUGACUGAUGCCACGGAUGCGGGAACAGUGAAACAAACAUCAUGGGCCAUUUCAACACCUGAGUGGUCAACUGACUUCUCGACAGAGACGACAGAAAGUCUGGCACAGAAAGGAACCUCUCGGCCUUUAUCAUCUGAAGUAACUUCUGAAAUAAUUUCAGCCACAAAUGUGUCUACUGACAUCCUCAAAGGUGCUACAGAAUUUAAAACAGGUGAACCAAGCUCCCGGCCUGUUUCUGCAACCGAGUUUCCAGCCGACUUCCCGACGGAGACUACCGAAGCUACGCCGAAGGAACUAACCUUCAAGCCCACUACAACAAUCGAGUCUUCAACUGACUUCUUCAUAGAAGCAACCGAAUAUUCUUCCCCAAAAAUUACCACAGAAAAACCAACCUCAGGAGCAUUUUCUUCCGCACCGAUGUCAACCGACUUCGUGGCAGAGACUACAAACGAUACGACAAGGGAAGAAACAUCUCACCUGCCAUCAGUUGAGGUAACUUAUGAGCCCAUUUCCACAACCGACUUAUCAACUGACCUCAACGCAGCCACUGAAGCUACAGCAGCAGAACCAAGCUCUCAGUCUCUUUCUUCAACUGAGUUUCAAACUGACUUCACAACCGAGACUUCCGAAGCUACACCGAUGGAACCAACCUUUAAGCCCAUUACAACAACCAAGUCUUCAAGUGACUUCUUCAUAGAAUCAACCGAAUACUCAUCCCAAAAAAUUACCACAGAAAAAACAAUCUCUGGAGCCUUUUCUACAAUACAUUUCUCAACCGACCUCUUGGCAGAGACUACAGGAGAUACGACAGGAGAAGGAACAUCUCGGCCCUUGACAACUGAGGUAACCUAUGAGCCAAUUUCAACAACCAACUUAUCAACGGACCUUAUCGCGGAAAUAGAAGUUACAACUACAGCAGAAAAAACCCUUCAGCCCCUUUCUGUAACGGGGUUUUCAUCUGACUUCUCGAUCGAGACUACCAAAGUUAUACCAAGUGAACCAACCUCUAGGCCAACUGCAACAACCGAGUCUUUAACUGACUUCUUCAGAGAAACAACCGAAUACUCAAUCCCAGAAUUCACCAUGGGAAAACCAACAUCUGGUGGUAUUUCUACAGCAGAGUCUUCAACUGACCUGGAUGAAACCACUGGAGGUACUGGAGGAAAACAAUCAUCCCCGCCGCUUUUCAAUUACAAACUGUCAACAGACUUCCUGGCAGAUACUACAGAAAAUGCGAUUAAAUCAACUUAUUAUGACAUUACUGCAACUGAUACUUCAACUUCCAUCGAAAUAUCGACAGAAGAUACUUUUUCUCCAACUAGUGCAUUCUCUGAAGAGGCAACCGACAUCACAACAAAACCUCUAUCAACUUCUGAGUCUUCAUCCGAUUUCACAGCAGAGCCUUCAAUACCAACAAACGCAUUCUCUGAAGGCACAUCUAGUGUCACAAUAGAGACUGCAUCGACCACAAUCUACCUACCCACACCCGAGUCUUCAACUGAUUUGAAAGCAGAAACGCCUUCACCGACUAGUGCAUUUUCUGAAGAGACAACUGAUGUCACAACAGGGUCCAUAUCGACACCAGAUUACCCAUCAACUUCUACGUUUUCAUCGGAAUUGACAGCAGAGGCUUCUACGCCAGAUAAGGCAUUCACUAAAGGGACAACCGGUAUAACAGCAGUGUCAUCUACAGACUACCUAGCACCGGAGGCAUCGGAGGCAUCGGAGGUUUUAACAACAAGAGAUUUCCAAUCAACUUCUUCGUCUUCCUCCGAUUUCGCAGCAGAGGCUUCUGCUCCGAAUAACGCAUUCUCUAAAGGGACAACCAGUGUCACAACAAAGACCAUAUCGACAACAGACUACAUACCAACAUCCGAGUCUUUUACUGAUUCGAUAGCCGAAGCUCCAUCAUCAACGAUUGCAAUCUCUGGAGAAACAACUGACGUCACAACAAGGUCCAUAUCGGCCACAGACUACCAACCAAGAUCUGAGCCUUCGACUUAUUUCAUAGCGGGGACUCCUUCACCAACCUAUGCAUUAUUUGAAGAGACAACCGAAGUAACAACAGAAUCAGUAUCGAUAACAGACAAUCUUACCACGGCUGAGUCUUCAAGUGAUUCGACAGCAGAGACUUCUACACCAGCACAUGCAUUCUCUGAAGAGACAAGUAGUGUCACAACAAUGUCUAUAUCGGCUACAGACUACCCUUCAACAUCUGAGCCUUCAACUGAUUUCAUAGCAGGAACCCCUUCACUGACUAAUGCAUUCUCUGACGAGGCAACCGAUAUGACAACAGAAGAUUCAACAACCAGAGAUUUUCUAUCAACUUCUGCGUCUUCCCCUAAUUUCGCUGCAGAGCUUUCUACACCGAAUACUGCCUUCUCUGAAGGGACAACCAGUAUCACAACAGAGACUUUAUCGAAAACAGACAACAUACACACGUCCGAGUCUUUCACUAAUUUGAUAGCCGAAGCUCCAUCAUCAACGAUUGCAUUCUCUGGAGGGACAAUGGACGUUACAACAGGGUCCAUAUCGACACCAGACUACCUACCAGCAUCUGAGUUUUCGACUGAUUUCAUAGCAGAGACUCCUUCAUCGACCAUUGCAUCCUCUGAAGGGACAACCGAAGUAACAACAGAAUCAGUAUCGAUAACAGACAACCUUACCAAGCCUGCUGAGUCUUCAACUGAUUUCAUAACGGAAACUUUUUCACCAACCAAUGCAAUAUCUGAAAAGACAACCGAAGUAACAACAGAAUCAGUAUCGAUAACCGACAGUCUUACCACGGCUGAGUCUUCAAGUGAUUCGACAGCAGAGACUUCUACACCAGCUUAUGCAUUCUCUGAAGAGACAAGUAGUGUCACAACAGUGUCUAUAUCGGCUACAGACUACCCUUCAACAUCUGAGCCUUCAACUGAUUUCAUAGCAGGAACCCCUUCACUGACUAAUGCAUUCUCUGAAGAGGUAACCGAUAUGACAACAGAAGAUUCAACAACCAGAGAUUUUCUAUCAACUUCUGCGUCUUCCCCUAAUUUCGCUGCAGAGCUUUCUACACCGAAUACUGCCUUCUCUGAAGGGACAACCAGUAUCACAACAGAGACUUUAUCGAAAACAGACUACAUACCGACAUCCGAGUCUUUCACUAAUUUGACAGCUGAAGCUCCAUCAUCAACGAUUGCAUUCUCUGGAGGGACAAUGGACGUUACAACAGGGUCCAUAUCGACACCAGACUACCUACCAGCAUCUGAGUCUUCAACUGAUUUCAUAGCGAAGACUCCUUCACCGACCAUUGCAUCCUCUGAAGGGACAACCGAAGUAACAAAAGAAUCAGUAUCGAUAACAGACAACCUUACCAAGCCUGCUGAGUCUUCAACUGAUUUCAUUACAGAAACGUUUUCACCAACCAAUGCAAUAUCUGAAGAGACAACCGAAGUAACAACAGAAUCAGUAUCGAUAACAGACAACCUUACUAAGCCUGCUGAGUCUUCAACUGAUUUCAUUACAGAAACUUUUUCACCAACCAAUGCAAUAUAUGAAGAGACAACCGAAGUAACAACAGAAUCAGUAUCGAUAACAGACAGUCUUUCCACAGCUGAGUCUUCAAGUGAUUCGACAGCAGAGACUUCUACACCAGCUUAUGCAUUCUCUGAAGAGACAAGUAGUGUCACAACAAUGUCUAUAUCGGCUACAGGCUACCCUCCAACAUCUGAGCCUUCAACGGAUUUCAUAGCAGAGACUCUUUCCCCGACUCAUUCAUUCUCUCAAGGGCCAGCCGAAUUCACAACGGAGGCUAUAUCGACGGUGAAUUACCAACAAACACUUGCGGAAUCAACUAAUUUCAUCGGAGAGACUCCUUCACCAACAAAUGCUUACUCUGAAGAAACAACCGAUUUCACAACAGCGUCCGUAUCGACAAGAGAAUCCUUGCCACCAGCUGAGGUUACGACUGAUUUCAUAGAAGAUACUCCUUCACCAACAUAUGUAACCUACGAGUCCUUGUCGACAGCAGAUUACCAACCCACAUCUGAGACUCAUUUCACACUAGGAACAUCUUCACCUACUGAUCGAUCUUCUGAAGGAACAACCAAAUUCACGACAGAGACCUUAUCAGGAACAGAUUACGAAACCACAACUGAGGCUUCAACUGAUUUCAGAGCAGAGACUCUUUUACCAAUCAGGACAUACAACGAAAGGACAACCGAUGUGACAAGUGAGUCCCUAUUGACAACGGACUACCUUUCUAUAUCAGAUAUCUCAACAGAUUUAAGUGCAGAAUCUCCGUUACCAACAUUAGGAUCUUCUGAAGGGACAUACGAUAGCACAACAUCGUCAGCAGAUUAUUCGACCAUACCUGAGACUUCAACAGAUUUAAUAUCAGAGUCUCCAAUACAAACUGAUAGAUCUUCGGAAGGUACAAGCGAAGUUAUAAUAGAGUCUAUAUCGACAACGUAUGAUCAACCCAUACCUGAGACUUUGACUGGUUUCCCAUCAGAGUCUCCUCUGCCAACAACUGUAUCAUCUGAAGGAACUACCCCAAUCGCUACCAAGUUCAUAUCGACGACAGGCGACAUGUCCACAUAUGUGGCUUCAACAGACUCCAUAGCAAAGUCUCCUACACAAAAUGAUCGACCCACUGAAUGGACAACCGAAGUCACAACAGAAUCCUUAUUGAAAGAUUACCUAACCACAUCAAAGUCUUCAGCUGAUUUCAUUGUACAGACUCCUACACCGACUGAUCGAUCUAUUGAAGAGCUCACAGCAGUCACAACGGGGUCGUUAUCGACAACAGACUAUCUCUCAACACCUGAGACUAUAUCGAUAACAGGUUACCACCCAACAUCUGAACCUUCAACAGAUUUUAAUUCAGAUUCUCCCAUACCAACUGAUCAAUUGUCUGAAGGCACAGCAGAGUCUGUAUCAACUGCUGAUACCCUACCCACGUCUGAGUCUUCCACUGUUUUCAAAGCAGAAGUUUUAUCAUCAGCUAGUACUCUCUCUGAAGGUACAACUGACGUCACAGCGAGGUCUUUAUCUAACACAGACUACCUACCAACAUUUGAACCUUCGACUGAAUUCAUAGCAGAAACUCGUUCACCUACUGAUGUAUCUUUUGAAGGGACAUCCGAAGUCGCAACUGAAUCAAAAACGAUAACAGACGAUCUGCCAACACCAGAAACUUCAACAUAUUUCAUACCACAGACUCAAAUACCAACUGUUAAAUCUUCCAAAGGGACAACUGGAUAUUCCUUAUCAACAGCAGAUUCCCUACCAACAACAGAGGUUUCAACUGAUUUCAAAGCAGAUAAACCUUCACUAGCUUACACAACCUCUGAAUUUACAACCGAAGUCACAACAGAGUCUAUAUCUACAACAGAUUACCAACUAACAUAUGAGUCUUCAACAGAUUUCAUUCCACAGUCUCCUUUUCCAACUGAUCGAUUUUCUGAAUUCACGACCGACGCCGUCACAACAGAUUCCCAAACAAUAUCAGAGUCUUCAAAUGCUUACAUACCACAGACCCCUUCACCAACUGAUAGAUCUUUUGAAGGUACAACUGAGGUCACGGCAGAGUCCUUAUCAACACCAGAUUACCAUACCACAUCUGAGGCUUUAACUAACUUAGCGGAGACUCCUUCAACAACCAAUGCACAGUCUGAAGAAACAACCAAUAAAACAGCCGAAUACUUAUCGACAACGGACUACCUUACGACAUCAGAUAACAUAUCAGAAUUGCACGCAGAAUCUCCUUCACCAACUAUAGAAUAUCCCGAAGCCAAAGGCACAUCCGAAAUUUCAACAGAGUCAUUAUCAACAAAAGACUUCCUGUCCUCGAAUGAACAUUCAACAGAUUUCAUAUCAAAGUCUCCCGCACCAACUGGUCGAUUAGAACAGACUCUUUUUCCAAGCAGUGCAUACUCUGAAGGCGCAACCGAAGUCACAACGGAGUCAAUGUCGACAUCGGAUUACUCACUUAACACAUCUGAAACCUCGACUGAUUUCCUAGCAGAGACUACUUCACCAACGACUACAUUUUCAGAGGAGACCACUGAUGUUACAACCAAAUCAAUAUCGACAACAAAAUACGUACUCACAUCUGACAUUUUAACUGACUUCAGAGCAGAGACAUCUACACCAACUAAUGAAUUUUAUGAAGUGACAGAAAUUCCUACGACAAUAGAUCGAUCGUCAAAAGCGACAAGCAAUGUUGGUGAAGGUACAACCAACCUCACGACAGUGUCUUUAUCGACAGAAGCUUACAUUCCCACAGCUGAGGCUUCAACUGAUUUCAUAGAAGAGACUCCUUCACCCACUGAUCGAUCCCCCGAAGCGCCAACCGAGGUCCCAAAAAAAUCUUUAUCCACAACAAUUUACAAACCCGCUUUUGAAGCUUCGACGUAUUUCAUAGCAGAGACUAUUUCACCAACCACUCCCUAUUCUGAAGGGACAACCGAAGUGACCACGGAAACUAUAUCGACCGAAGAUUACCUAACCACAUCUAAGACAUUGACUGAAUUUUUAGCGUGGACUCUUUCACCAACCAGUGCAUUAUCAGCAGAAAUAACUGACGUUACAACAGAAUCAACAUCGCCAACAGAAUACCGACCAACAAAUGAGAUUUCAACUGACUUCAGGGCAGAGACGCCUUCACCAACAAAGGAUUUAUAUGAAGAGUCAGAAAUUCCUACCACUAUUGCUAGAUCAUCAGAAGCUACAAGCAAAGUGGCUGAAGGGACAGCCAAACUCACAGCAGGGCCUUUAUCGACAAAAGCUUACGCACCUACCAAUGAGGUGCCAACUGAUUUCAUGGGAGAUACCUCUUCACCAACUAAUCGACCUUCUGAAGAGACAACUGAAGUCACGAGUAUGUCUGCAUCGACAACAGUUUACAAACCCACCUAUGAAGCUUCAACUGAUUUCUUAGAAGAGAUUUUUUCACCAACUAGUACCUACUCUGAAGGGACAACAGAAGCAACCAUAGAGUCUAUAUCGACAGCAGAUUACCUGACCUCAUCUGUGACGUCGACUGAUUUCGGAGCAGAGACUCCUUCACCAACGAAUGCAUUAUCAGAAGAGACAACAGACGUCACAACAGCAUCGAUAAUGACCACAGAAUAUCUACCCACAUCUCAGAUUUCAACGGACUUCAGAGCAGAGACACCUUCACCAACUACUGAAUUCGAGAAAGAGAACUUUACCAUAAUUCCUUCACCAACAGAUCGAUCUUUAGUAGGGACAAUCAAAUUACCCACAGAGUCUGUGUCGACAACAGAUACCGAUUUCAAAGUAGAGACUCCUACAAAAACUAAUGCAUCCACUGACGGAACAGCCAAUGUCACAACAGAGUCUAUAUCGACAAUAGAAUACCUACCCACAAAUGAUGAGGCUUCAACUAAUAUCAUUGCAGAGGUUCCUACAUCAACUGAUCGAUCUUCUAAAAGGACAACCGAUAUUACAACGGAGUCUCUGUCGACAACAAACUACAUCACCUCACCUGAGACUUCAACGGAUUUCACAUCAAAGAGUCCUACACACACUAAUCAAACUUCUGAAGGGACAGUCGAAGUUACAACAGACUCCAUAUCGAUAACAUCAGACACAUCAACUGAUGUCAGAGAACAGUCGCUUUUACCAAAUAAUCAAUCUUCUGAAGGGACAACCAAUGUCACAACAGAGUCGUUAUCAACACCCGAUAAUCUACAAAAUGAGUCUUCGGCUGAUAUUAUAGCAGACACUCCUUCACCAACUGAUUACUCUUCUGAAGGGACCAUAGAUGUUUUUGUGACAAGGGACUAUCUGUCAACACCUGACUUUUCAACCAAUUUUAUUACAGAGACUCCUUCACCAACUCACCGAUCUUCACAAGAAACAACUAAAAUAACUGCCGAAUCCAUAUCGACAACAGACUAUCUGCCAUCUACAGUUGAGACCUCGGCAGAUUUCAUAGGAGAGUCUUCGACACCAAGUGAUCAAUCCUCUUAUGUGACAUCCGACGUCUCUACAGAGUCCUUAUUGACAACAGACAGUAUGUUCUCAUCUGGGACUUCAACAGGAAUGAUAGCAGAAACUACCUCGCCAACUGCUCAAUCUAAUUGGACAUAUGAUAUCACAACUGAAUCCUCAUCGCAAUCAGAUCACAUGUCUUCACCUGACACUUCAACAAAUUUCAUAGCAGAGUCUCGUAAACCAAGUGAACAGUCUUCUGAAGAGACAACGGACCACAUGACCUCACCAAAGCCUUCAACAGAUUUCACAGCAAAGAGCCCAACACCAAGUGAUCGAAUUUCUGAAGUGACAACAGAGACCACAUCGACAACAGACUUCCUGUCUGCACAUAUGACAUCAUCGAAUUUCUUUGAAGAUUCACAAGAUCGAUCUUCUGAAGGGAUAACUGAUGUCACAACAGAGUCUUUUUCGACAUUCGAUCAUUUACCAACUGAGUCUUCAAAGGGUUUCACAGCAGAGACUCUUUCACCAAGUGAUCGAAUUCCACAAAGGACCUCCGACGUAACGACGGAGUUUUUGUCGACAGCAGAUUAUCUAUCCAUGUCCGCGACUUCUACAGAUAUGAUAGCUGAGUCUUCUACAGCAAGGGAUCGAUAUUCUCAAAGGACUACAGGCGUUACAACAGAGUCCUUAUCAAAAACAGACCACACCUCACCUGAGACUUCAAAAAUUUUCACAGCAGAGAGUCUUACACCAACAGAUCUAACUUCUGAAGGGACAACCAAGGUUGCGAUAGAGUCCUUAUUGACAACAUACCCUAUGACAUCACCUGAGGCUUCAACAGAUUUUACAGCGGAGACUCCCACAGCAACUGAUCGAACUUUUGCUGGGACAACCGAUGCUACAACAGAGUAUUUAUCCACAGCUGAUCAUCUUCAAACUGUGUCCUCAACUGAUUUCAUAGAAGAGAGUCCUGAACAAACUGAUCGAUCUUCUGAGGGGAAAACCAAGGUUACAACAGAGUCUAUGUCGAUAACUGAUUACAUACUCGUAUCUGGGCCUUCAACGGGUUUCACAGAACAUAUUCCUACACCUAUUGAUCAAACUUCACAAGAGACGCCCGAGGUCACAACAGAUUUUAUGUUGACAACAGACUAUCUACCCAUACAUGAGAGUUCAACAUAUUUCCUAGCAGAGUCUCCUACAGCAAGUUACCGAUCUUCUGAAGGAACAACCGACGUUACAACGGAGUCCUUAUCGAAGACACAGUACAUGACUACAUCUGAGACUCCAACAGAUUUCACAGCAGAGAUUCCCACACCAACUGAUCGAUCUUCUGAACGGGCAACAGAUGUCACAACAGAGACUUUAUCAACAAACGAUCAUCUACCAACUGCGACUUCAACUAAUUUCAUUGCAGAGACACAUCAGCCAACUGAUCAAACCUCUGAAUGGACAACAGGUAUAACAGAGUCUAUGUCAACAACAGACUACCUGUCUGCACCCGACACGUCAACCUCUUUCAUAAAAGAGUCAUCUACAGUUAAUAAUCUAUCUUCUAUAGUGACAACCAAUACUACAACAGAGCCUUUAUCGACAACUGAUCGUCCAUCAACUGAACCUUCAACUGAUUUUACAGUAUCGAGUCCAACACCAAGUGAUCGAUCUUUUGAAAGGGCAACCGAUUUCACAAAAGAAUAUUUUGCGACAACCCUGCCAACUGCACCAUCAACUGAUUUCAUAGCAGAAACUCCUCCACCUUCUGAUCACUCUUCUGAUGGGACAGUCAAAGUCACAUCAGAUUCUUUAUCGACAACAGCCUACUUGUCCGCACGUGAGACAACAGACGACAGCAUGACCUCACCGAAGACUUCAACAGAUUUCAAAACCAAGAAUCCUACACCAACUAUUCGAACUUCUCAAGGGAGAACAGAAGUCAUAUCGACUUUAGACUAUCUUUCCACACCCGAAACGUCAACUUAUUUCCUAGAGGAGUCAUCUACACCAAAUAAUCGCUUUUCUGAAGAGUCAACCAAAGUCUCGACAGAGUCUAUAUCAACAACUGAUUACCUGCUCGUAUCUAAGCCUUCAACGGACUUCAUAGAGGGGUCACCUUUACCAAAUGAUCGCUCUUCUGAAGAGACCACCAAUGUCCCAACAUGGUCUUUAUCGACGGCAGACUAUCUACUGACUAAGUCUUCAUCUGAUUUCACAGCAGAGACUCCUACCCUUACUGAUCGAUACUUUGAAGGCACAGCCAAGAUCACAACAGAGUCUUUAUCCGAGCCUUCAACAGAUUGCAUAGCAGGGACUCCUACACCUAUUGAUCAAACUUCUCAAGGGGCACUCGAGGCCACAACAGAUUCCAUGUCAACAACAUACUAUCUACCCAUAUCAGAGAGUUCAACAGAUUUCAUAGCAGAGUCUUCCACACCAAGUGAUCGAUAUUCUGAAAGGACAGCCGACGUUAGAACAUUGCCCUUACCGACAACAGACCACAUGACCUCAUUUGAGACUUCAUCAGUUUUCGCAGCAGAGAGUCCUACACCAACCGAUCAAACUUCUGAAGCGAUAACCGAGGUUACAACAGAGUCCAUAUCGCCAGCAAACUACUUGUCCACACCUGCGACUUCAACAAGAUUUUUAGCAGAUACUCAGACACCAACUGAUCGAUCUUCUGAAGGCAUUACCAAAGUCACAAUGGAGUCUUUUUCGACAACCCUGUCAACCGCAUCUUCAACUGAUUUCAUGGUAGAGACUCCUACUUUGACUGAUCGAUUUUCUGAUGGAACAACCUAUCUCACAACAGUGGCUUUAUCAACAGGUGAUCAUCUACCAACUGAGUCCUCAACCGAUUUUAAAACAGACACUCCUGAACCAACUGAUCCAUCUUCUGAAGGGACAACCAAGGUCACAACUCAGUAUCUGUCGACAACCGAUAAUCUACUCGUAUCUGAGUCUUCAACGGAUUUUAUAGCACAGACUAAUACACCGGCUGAUCGAUCUUUACGAGAAACGUCCACGGUCUCAUCUCAGACCUUGUUGACAGCUGAUUCUGAGACGUCAACAGAUUCUGUAGCAAUGUCUCCUUCACCAUCUGAUCGAUAUUCUGAAGAGACAACCGACGUCAAAACUGAGUACUUACCGAAAACAGACCACAUGACCUCGCCUGAGGCUUCAACACAUUUCACAGCAGAGGGUCCUACAACAACUGAUCGAACUGCUGCGGGGACAAACGUGGUUACAACAGGGUCUUUAUCCACAGGUGCUCAUUUACCAACUGUAUCCUCAACCGAUUUCAAAGCAGACACUUCUGAACCAACUGGAUCAACGGAGUCUAUGUCGACAGAGUAUUACCUACUCGUAUCUGAUCGUGAGACUUCAACGGAAUUCAUUGCAGAAACUCAUUCAUCAACUGACCAAUCCUCACGAGGGAAGUCGGACGUCACAUCUAAAGCCUUGCCGACAGCUGAUUAUCUACCCAUAUCUGAUACUUCAACAAACUCAAUAACAGAGUCUCCUAUAGCAACUGAUCGAUCUUCUGAAGGGACAUCUCUUGUCACAGCAGAGUUCUUAUUGACAACAGACCACUUGUCCUCGCCUGAGUCUUCGACGUAUUUUAUUGCAGAGACUCCGACACUAACUAGUCGAUCUACUGAGGGAACAGCCGAGGUAACAGGAAAACCUUUUUCGACAACCAAUUAUCUUCUCACAAGUGAGGCUUCAAAUUACUUCAUAACAGAGACUUCUACACCACCAACUGCUCCAUCUACUGACGAGAAGUCCAAAGUCACAACAGAGUCCUUAUUGACAACAGGCCACUUGCUCUCGCCUGAGUCUUCGACGUAUUUUAUUGCAGAGACUCCGACACUAACCAGUCGAUCUACUGAGGGAACAGCCGAGGUAACAGGAAAACCUUUUUCGACAAUCGAUUAUCUUCUCACAAGUGAGGCUUUAAAUUACUUCAUAACAGAGACUUCUACACCACCAACUGCUUCAUUUAAUGACGAGAAGUCCAAAGUCACAACAGAGUUUACAACAGGCCACUUGUCAAUGCCUGUGUCCUCGACGGAAUCCAUACCAGAGAUUGCGACACUGAUUGGUCGAUCUUCUACCGAAAUUACAACAAAGCCUCCAUUGACAACUGGUUAUCUAGCCACAAGUGAGUCUUCAACUUACUUCUUAACAGAGCCUUCUUCACCACCAAAUGAUCAAUCUACUAAUGCGAAGUCCAAGGUCACAACAGAGUCCUUAUUGACAACAAGCCACUUGUCCAUGCCUGUGUCCUCGACGGAAUCCAUACCAGAGACUUCGACACUAACUGGUCGAUCUUCUGAGGGGACAGCCGAGGUCACACCAAAACCUAUAUCGACAACCGAUUAUCUUCUCUCAAGUGAGGCUUCAACUUACUUCAUAACAGAGACUUCUACAACACCAACUGGUCGAUCUACUAACGCGAAGUCCAAAGUCACAACAGAGUCCUCAUUGACAACAGGCCACUAUUCCAUGCCUGUGUCCUCAACGGAAUUCAUAGCAGAGACUUCGACACUAACUGGUCGAUCUUCUGAGGGGUCUUCCGAAGUCACAACAAAACCUACAUUAACAACUGGUGAUCAAGCCACAAGUGAGGCUUCAACUAACUUCUUAACAGAGACUUCUACACCAACAAAUGAUCAAUCUACUAACGAGACGUCCAAAGUCACAACGGAGUCCUUAUUUACAACAGGCCACUUUUCCACACCUGUGUCCUCAACGGAAUUCAUAGCAGAGACUUCGACACUAACUGGUCGAUCUUCUGAGGGGUCUUCCGAAGUCACAACAAAACCUACAUUAACAACUGGUGAUCAAGCCACAAGUGAGGCUUCAACUAACUUCUUAACAGAGACUUCUACACCAACAAAUGAUCAAUCUACUAACGAGACGUCCAAAGUCACAACGGAGUCCUUAUUUACAACAGGCCACUUUUCCACACCUGUGUCCUCAACGGAAUUCAUAGCAGAGACUUCGACACUAACUGGUCGAUCUUCUGAGGCAACUGCCGACGUCACAACAAAACCGAUAUCGACAACCGAUUAUCUUUUCACAAGUAAGGCUUCAACUUACUUCAUAACAGAUACUUUUACACCACCAACUGAUCAAUCUACUGACGAGAAGUCCAAAGUCACAACAGAGUCCUUAUUGACAACAGGCCACUUGUCAAUGCCUGUGUCCUCAACGGAAUCCAUGCCAGAGUCUUCGACACUGACUGGUCGAUCGUCUGAGGGGUCUGCCGAAGUCACAACAAAACCUAUAUUAUCAACAAAGGACUCCCUGUCCUCCUCUGAGACUUCAACAUUGUUGGCUGUGGAUAAUCCUACACCAACUGAUGCAUCUUUUGAAGGGGAAACCGACAUCACAACCGAGUCUCUAUCUAAAACUGACAACCGAUCCAUACCUGCUAAUUCGACAGGUAUCAUUGUAGAGACUCAUUCACCAACUAAUACAUCCUUCACUGAAGGGACAACCGAGGUCACAACAGAUUCUAUAGCGUCAACAGGUUACCAAUCCACAUCAGAGUCAUCGACUGAUUUCAUGUCGGAGAAUCCUACCUCAACUAUAGAUUCUACAAGUUUUGGACAUUCUGCGUUACCAACGAAGCCGGUGUCUGCAACUGGAGUUUCUGAACACGUGGAGGAGACCACAGCUGAACCUACUACCACCUCAGAAACCAAACCUUUGACCACAACUAUUGGGAACACAACAGGUGUAACAACACUGGACACUACAGAGCUAACACCUACAAUGGAGUCUUCAACUUUAGUAAAGGCUUCAACAGAGGUCACAGAGGAUACUUCUAGAUCAGCGGUUAUUACGAGUGUCACAAAGGAGGACGCACUCUCAACAAUUUCGCUUCCAACACCAACUUACGGAUCAAGUGAAGUUACUCCCUCGGAAAUGAUAGCUGAGUCCGCAUCGACCACUAUGACAGUCUCAUCUACACCAAUUGGAAGUUUAACAGAAGGGGCUCCUGCAGGUACAUCAAGUUUUCAACUGACAAGUGAUGACCCUUUACAUUCAUUUACGACAGUUGGGUCAUCCGCUGACCAUAGUGUCCUGCCUGAGUCAUCAACAGCCAUCGAGGCUUCAACAGCAAUGACUGAAAUUUCAACAGACUAUAUUCUGACAAAGGAAUCGUCAACCGGCGUCAUAAGUGAUACGCAUACAUCAACUGGAACCAGUAGUUUAGGUACAAACUCAACACCAACGAGCACCUUCCAUGCAGAAUCGCGAUCAGCUGGAGCGACAUCAGAGACACAAACUCAAACAUCUUUGAGUAUGACCACAUCAAAGGGGUCAAAGCACACCCAGGUAACUGUUGAUGAAUCGACUACAAGUUCAGUGGAGGAUGGUAAAACAAACUCUCGUACUGGCGCUUCUAUUUCUACAACUUCAAACCCGUUUGCCACGGAUGGGACAUGGACAUCUUUAGACACGGGAACCCCGUCCACGCACCAUGUGACAAACAGUACGCCUCAGCCAACUUUGCAUACUACGAAGCUUCCUGAUAAUUCAACCACGAACCCGCGUGUGAGCUCCACUACACGAAGAACGUCUCUUGCACCAAACACGUCUAGGAGUAUGAAUUCAACGACAAGUGAUACUUCAUUGCCACCUUCGACAUCACCAUCAGGCCCACCGAAGCCGAAGGAAAAACUGCUCGAAGUAAGAAGUAAACUGGUUCUGAAAUUAGACAACUCAAGAGUUAAAAAUGAAACCGAAAAAGCCGAAAUUUUGAAAGCUUUGCAAUCUUGGGUCCGAAGUAUUCUCUCUCGCCACCCAUCCAUCAAAGAGGGCAAGGUCGGCAACAUUACUGAAGAAAUGAAUCAAAGUAUCGCCAGUUAUUCCGUGAUCUUCAAGCUGAAGACCCUAAAACACUACACAAUGAGAUCCCUCAUGAACUCACUUAUGAAUAUAGUUCGGAAUGAUUCUUCUGGAGGCAACACUACGGCCAUUAUGGAUAAUGUUAAGCUGUUGCUGGAACCGACUGCUGAACGAUUAAGAGGUGCCCUCCGCGCCGUGGAUGUCUGCCAAGCGACCAACAUCUGCCCGUUCGGCCAUUCCUGUGUCGCUCUGAACGGAACCAAGCUAUUCAGUUACAAAUGCCGACACAAGUGCGACACGUUUAGAUGUAAGAAUGGCAUCUGUAACCUGAACAGAGAAGGCGAACCAAGUUGCAAAUGCACUGUGACUGAGCUUUACAUUUUCAUCGGCAAGAACUGUGACGUCAGAAUCUCUCGGAUGCCACCUAGCGGCGGGAAGCCAAAAAUGAUGGCUCUUGGCGUCAUCAUGGCCGCUGCCUUUCUAAUAGGUGUCGCAAGUGUUUGUACUUGCUGUGGUGUCGUGGUCCGUCGGAGACGUAGACGACAGAAGGAGGAAUCGGCUGAUCAUUACGUCGACAUCUACGACAUAUGCGACGGGGCAUCGUGGGAUUGGCUGACCAACCUCGACUCCCUGAACAAUGCCACCAUUAACGAUAUCAACGACGGCGAAACAACCCAAGCAGACGGUGUCGAUAUCUAUCCAACAUGGCGGGUACCAAGGAUACACUUCAACGACACCUGGCUUGAAACAGAAAAACCAAAAGAUAAUGGCCACCUCGACUUUUUACAAGCCCGCAGACCAACAAUAGAAAGAUCUCCAUUGGUUCUAUCGCGGCCUGUUCCCUCUGACGUCACUUGGCAGGAGGCAAGCUCGUCUGACAACACUAGUAUACCGGAUGGAGUUUUUGAAGUGAAUGAUGAACUUUACGGAAACUUGACGUCGUUUCAGUUGCCUUUUAUACCGCGAGCUAAGCUAGAUCAUCCUCCCGAUAGGGGGCACCCUUCGCCCGAGGACACUAACCCUGAUGAAGAUUUUUCAUACUACUCAACAUAUUCUGAUGACGAUGAACGCACGGUGCAAACGCCGGCCUCUUUGACCCGCGAUGACGUCACGGAGGCCGACUCGGCCUGUAAUGCUACGGAGCCCCCCUACACUGACCAGUACAACACAAUCGAUUCUUACCUGAAUGGAAAUGGAAGAGAAAUGAGGAUUCGCUCCGUCCCACACAAGCCACAUAGCCUGUUCAAGAUGUGAAGCGGUUAAGAGAGUAGUCGACCUCCUCACUCUAGCGGAGAGAUCUGUUCUAUCCUCUUUACAGCAUCAACAACAACAACAUCAACAUCGAUCAGGGCCUGUGCGGAAGUUGAAGAGUGCAAGGAAACUGCUCAACAGUCCACUGAAGCAGAAGAUCAGGGCCUCCGGGUUGCAGUUCGGGCCAUUCUUCUAAUACAGAGAAUCUCACAGCGAGUAUUGCCAAAUUUUUACUAUGAUCAAAGAGUGAAUUAUAUUUGUAUAUAUGUAUAAAUUCGUUCGUGUUUUGUUUGAGCCAGUAAUUAUUAGAAUAUGUCUUCUUUUCAAGGCUGAGAAGAAGAUACAAAAUGUCAAUGAUGGUAAAUUCUCUCAAGAGUGAUAUGAAGUGCUUCCAGUGGACAGAAGGACAUAUAUUGGCUGCUGAGGUCAACUUUAUCUGGCUCACAUUGUCCACGGCAAUAGUCUUCCUUUAUAUAGGAUCAGUCAUGAUUUUAAUCCUGAAAGAAAUAUGUUUCCUUUAGACAUACACAUGUCACAAGUUCGAGAAAACUUGAUUCAGCAAAGAAAAAAAUAAGAUUGUUGGAAGCUUUAUUUGUAAAUUCACGAAUCAAAAAUACAUCUAUGUACAACAUUACGUGCAUUGCUCCUUGUUUUAU